CCAGAUUAAUCGGGAGGCGCACCGGACGUCGGCACUCAGGUGACCCCGCUGGCUCCCGGCUGCCUGCAGUGCCAUCUCGCCACUUUCCCUUUCCCCAACCUGCCUUCAACUUGCAGCCGCCGAACUUGGCAGUAAGAGUGCAGUGAAGACGCAGCUGAGUCGCGUCGGAUUUGGGCGCGGCAGAGCCGGGAGGUGUGUGCCGCGCGGGCCGGCGACGGAAGAGGCUCCUGGCGCUGUGGGCGGCCUCCCAAGGCAGUUGCGACGAAGAAAAUCCGCAUAGAUUGUUGUGGAUUACGUGUGGGCAGCGUUUGUGAACUACAGGGUGCUCUGCAUGGCCAUGUUCACGGUGUCCAGCUGAUAUUAUGGGGGCUCUGCUCAGGUACUGCUGCAUCUCAGACUUUAAAUCCAGGACAUAGAACCUCACUUAUAAAUGGGAGUCAUCUGGAAGAGAAGAGAAGACUGACUGACAGAGUUUUUCUCAAGUGCCCAGACUGUGCAGUAAGCCAUGUGUGUGGAGUUAGUAAGAUGCUCUUUCAGGUGGAACAAACCCUUGGCCACAGAUCCCUGGUCACUUAUAUUUAUUGUCUUUUCUGUACAACACGUAUAUGGGAGUGGAAAGAAAUUCAUUGGUCCUUGUGGAGGAAGAGACUGCUCUGUUUGCCAGUGCUUUCCUGAAAAGGGGUCUCGGGGUCAACCCGGAGCACCUGGACCACAGGGUCCUAUUGGACCCCUAGGACCUCCCGGACCCUUUGGGAUUCCAGGAGAGAAAGGGAUGAGCGGUGACAGUGGCCUUCCUGGAGCAGCAGGUGAUGUGGGAGAUAAGGGUCCAACUGGUGUUCCUGGAUUUCCAGGUUUGGAUGGCAUACCUGGACACCCAGGGCCCCCUGGACCCAGAGGCAAACCUGGCAUGAAUGGCUACAAUGGCUCAAGAGGUGAUCCAGGGUUUCCAGGAGAAAGAGGAGCUCCUGGCCCUAGAGGUCCCCCAGGCCGGCCUGGGGAAAGUGGAGAAAAAGGAAACUCAGUGUUCAUUGUAGGUGGCAUUAAAGGUAUUCAGGGUGACAGAGGGGACCCAGGACCUCCAGGCUUACCAGGACCCAGGGGUUUGAGAGGCCCGGCAGGUCGAGCGGGAUAUCCAGGAGAGCAGGGCUUAACAGGACCUCCGGGCCAGCCUGGGAGUCCAGGUUUGAAGGGUAAUCCUGGUGUAGGAGUAAAGGGGCAAAUGGGAGACCCGGGUGAGGUUGGCCCGCAAGGUUCUCCUGGACCCACCCUACUGAUACAGCCCCCUGAUUUUUCUCUCUAUAAAGGAGAAAAGGGUGUAAAAGGAAUGCCUGGAAUGGCUGGACCUCCAGGACCACCAGGACCCAAGGGGGAGCCUGGAAUUGGGGAAAAAGGAGAAAAGGGCAUUCCUGGGUUCGCGGGCCCUCGGGGUGACCCAGGCUCCUAUGGAUCUCCAGGUUUUCCAGGAUUAAAGGGGGAAACAGGACUAUUUGGAGAUCCUGGGCCAUUUGGAUUUCUUGGCCCAAAGGGGGAUCCUGGAGACCGCGGGCACCCAGGACCACCAGGUGUUUUGGCAACUCCACCUUUUCCGCUUAAAGGUCCUCAGGGGGAUCCUGGGCUCCCAGGACGCUAUGGAGAGAUGGGGGAUGCUGGACACCCUGGUCCCCCCGGCCCCCCAGGUAGACCAGGGGAAACCUGUCCAGGCAUGAUGGGACACCCAGGGCCACCAGGGCUUCCUGGUCAUCCUGGACUUCCAGGGGAAGCUGGUAUACCUGGAAGACCUGAUUCUGCUCCAGGAAAACCAGGGAAUCCGGGACCACCUGGGUUGCCUGGACCACCAGGGCUGCAGGGACCUCCAGGAUCAGAUGUUAUAUAUUGCAGUGUUGGGCAUCCUGGACCACCAGGAGUAAAAGGCAAAAUGGGUCCUCCAGGAAGAAGAGGCUCAAAAGGAGAAAAAGGAAAUGCAGGGCUCUGUGCCUGCAAGCCUGGUCCCAUGGGUUCACCAGGCCCUCCAGGACUUCCUGGGAGGCCAGGUAGUAAGGGAGACAUGGGGCUCCCUGGGUGGCCUGGAGAAAAAGGUCACCCAGGCCCUCCUGGUGCUGAAGGAUCUCCAGGGCCACCGGGAAAACCUGGUGCCCCAGGACCACCUGGCAACAAAGGAGAAAAGGGCGACAGGGUUGUCUCAAGAGUUAAAGGGCGCAAAGGAGAAAGAGGACCUGAUGGCCCCCCAGGAUUUCCAGGGCAGCAUGGACAAGAUGGUUGGGACGGACAUGCUGGAGCAAAAGGGGAUCCAGGACCCCCAGGGGAUCAUGAAGAUGCCACCCCAGGUGAUCAAGGAUUUCCUGGACCGCCAGGCCCCCCUGGCAGAGAAGGGCCUAGGGGCCCUCCAGGACUGGGACUUCCUGGUCCACCGGGAAAAAGGGGGCCUCCAGGAUCUCCGGGCUGCCCAGGCGAGAGGGGCCCUGAUGGCAUGAAGGGUCAGAAAGGUGAUAUCAUUUCUUGUAAUGUCUCCUACCCAGGGAGGCCAGGCCCUCCAGGUUUUGAUGGACCUCCAGGUCCAAAGGGAUUUCCAGGCCCACCGGGUCCUCCAGGGCAGAGGUGUUUUGAUGGGCAAAAAGGUCAGCCUGGCAAACCAGGAAAAUCAGGAAUACCUGGUCCACCUGGUUUUCAUGGUGACAUGGGAGAUCCAGGUUUUGAAGGUGAAAAGGGGUCCUCUCCUGUCGGGCCCCCAGGCCCUCCUGGUUCACCUGGAAGAAAUGGCCAGAAAGGACUACCCGGAGAUCAUGCUUAUGGCCACCCAGGACCCCCAGGAAAGAGGGGUCCUCCAGGAGUGCCAGGGUUGAAAGGACCAAGAGGUGACCCAGGAUAUCCAGGGGCUACAGGGCCAGCUGGCAUGCCUGGAUUGCCAGGUCUGAAAGGUCCCAAAGGCAGAGAGGGACGUGCAGGGUUUCCAGGCCUCCCAGGUCCACCUGGCCAUUCCUGCGAAAGAGGUGCUCCCGGGUUACCAGGACAACCGGGACUCCCUGGGUCUCCAGGAAGUCCAGGUGCCCCAGGUCAGAAGGGACAGAGAGGGGAUAUGGGACCUGCUGGACCGGUUGGAAUGAAGGGUCUCCCAGGAGUGCCAGGACAGCCUGGGGCAGAAGGACCCCGAGGCCCCCCGGGAAUCCCAGGACCCUUUGGCGACGAUGGACUACCUGGUCUCCCAGGCCCAAAGGGACCCCAGGGGCAGCCUGGCCUCCCAGGUUUUCCAGGAGAGAGAGGAAAGCCUGGCCCAGACGGACCCCCUGGCAGGAAGGGAGAAGCCGGAGAGAAGGGUUGGCCUGGCUUCUGGGGCGACCAGGGAGUGAAAGGUGCCAAAGGAGAGAGAGGACCCAAAGGAGAUGCGGGAGAAAUGGCUCUAAUUUCCAAAAAGGGGAAAACCGGGGACCCUGGACCUCCUGGAGAUUAUGGACUCCCAGGAGAAGAAGGUGAUAAAGGCAAUCCUGGGACACCGGGGAGGAGAGGAGAGCCGGGAAGACACGGACCACCUGGAUUUCACAGAGGAGAGCCUGGUGGAAAAGGGCAGCCAGGGCUUCCGGGACCCCCAGGCCCUCCAGGCUUGCCGGGGCUGAGAGGGAUCAUUGGUUUCCCGGGAUUUCCAGGUGACCAGGGUGAGCCGGGUUCUCCAGGGCCCCCUGGAUUUUCAGGAAUUGAUGGAACGAGAGGACCUAAAGGAAUCAAAGGUGACCCUGCAAGUCAGAUCAGCCCACCUGGUCCAAAGGGUGAGCCAGGUAGUCCUGGAUGUCCAGGGCAUGUUGGAACCCCGGGAGACAAGGGCUUCCCUGGCAUUCAAGGACCCAAAGGACCACCAGGAAGGCCUGGACUGCCUGGCUCCUCUGGACCACCAGGAUGUCCAGGUAAUCAAGGGAUGCCUGGGCCAAUGGGACAUCCAGGAGAAAAGGGGGAUCCUGGACCCAGAGGCCUCAUGGGGGAUCCAGGGACACCUGGUCUUCCAGGAAUAAAAGGUCUCCCCGGAUUACCCGGCCUGGACGGCCUGCAUGGUUUAAAGGGUCAGAAAGGAACCAAAGGUGCUUCAGGUUUGACUACCAAGGGCCCACCUGGUCCAAUGGGAAUACCUGGGAGGAAAGGGGAGAUAGGAGACCCUGGGAGCCCAGGAAUUUCUCCUCCAGGCCUUUUUGGAGAAAAAGGUCCUCCAGGUCCACCAGGGAGACCUGGACCACCUGGUCCUCCAGGAGCCAGAGGAAGAGCUCCUAAGGGUGUCAUUCCUGAGCCGGGUCCGCCUGGAGAUCAAGGGCCUCCUGGCCCUGAUGGCCCAAGAGGAGCACCCGGGCCUCCAGGUCCCCCUGGGAGUGUUGACCUCCUGCGAGGGGAGCCAGGUGACGAUGGUCUGCCGGGGCCUCCUGGUCCCAAGGGCCCACCAGGCCCUCCAGGACAGAAAGGCUUCCCAGGAUGUGAUGGGCAGCAUGGACAGAAAGGACCAAUGGGAUUCCCGGGGCCACAGGGGCCACAUGGACUUCCUGGGUCACCUGGAGAGAAGGGUUUACCUGGCCCUCCAGGCAGACAAGGGCCCCCUGGUCCUCCAGGUUCCAGAGGUGAACAGGGGCCACCUGCAGAUUUGGACGACUGCCCCCGAAUCCCUGGGCUUCCUGGAGUACCAGGCCCACGAGGCCCAGAAGGAGCCGUAGGGCUCCCCGGAAAGAGAGGCCCCCCAGGACCAGGGUGCAAAGGAGAGCGUGGCAUGGAUGGCACGAAGGGUGAGAAUGGCAUCCCAGGGGCCCCUGGACCUCCGGGACAGAAAGGUGACAUGGGAGAAGCCGGCUGCCCUGGAGCACCAGGCCCUCCUGGGCCCAUUGGGGAUCCGGGGCCCAAAGGGUUUGGCCCUGCGUACCUCAGCGGCUUCCUGCUGGUUCUCCACAGUCAGACAGAUGGAGAGCCCACCUGCCCCGUGGGCAUGCCCAGGCUCUGGACGGGCUACAGUCUCUUAUACCUGGAAGGACAGGAGAGAGCUCACAACCAAGACCUCGGUCUGGCGGGGUCUUGCCUCCCCGUGUUUAGCACGCUGCCCUUUGCCUACUGUAAUAUCCACCAAGUGUGCCACUACGCCCGGAGAAACGACAGGUCCUACUGGCUGGCCAGCGCCGCGCCCCUGCCCAUGGUGCCCCUCUCAGAGGAGGAGAUCCGCCCGUACAUCAGCCGCUGCGCCGUGUGUGAGGCCCCGGCCCAGGCGGUGGCCGUGCACAGCCAGGACCAGUCCAUCCCGCCGUGUCCGCACGCCUGGCGCAGCCUCUGGAUUGGGUACUCCUUCCUGAUGCACACUGGAGCCGGGGACCAAGGAGGAGGGCAGGCCCUCAUGUCACCUGGCAGCUGCCUGGAAGAUUUCAGAGCGGCCCCAUUCCUUGAAUGCCAAGGCCGGCAAGGUACUUGUCACUUUUUUGCAAAUAAGUAUAGCUUCUGGCUGACAACGGUGCAACCACACCUGCAGUUUUCCUCGGCACCAUCACCAGACACCUUCAAAGAAAACCAGGCCCAGCGACAGAAAAUCAGCAGGUGCCAGGUCUGCGUGAAGAGUACUUAGAGAACCCACAACUUGCCAAUGUGCCACCAAGAGAAACUUCCUAGGGGCCUAAGGUGUCCUAGGCUGUGCUACAAGAUUUAAUGGUGCUACUUUCGGACUCCAGUUACAGCUGUUCCUUCUGUUUCAAUGUGGUUAUUCCCACAGUACUGUAAUCCCUUCCUCUCUUCUGGACAGAUUGAGCAAACGCUACAUGUAUGGAUUGUUUGGACCUACCAAUCUAGAUGAAACCCAGAUAUUCUUAUUUUAGUGAGGAUGGUGGAAGAGUUGGCUUUAUUUAAAAAGAUGGUAAUUCACAGGAAGGUAAAUAGAUGAUAAAAGGCCAGAUUACAAAUUACAUUACUGAAAACUCCAUUCAUUGGUUAAUAGCACCUCAAACAACUGAAGUCAAUUACUCUGUAUUACAGUGGGCUUCUGGAUGGAUUUUACAGGAAAAAAUAAAUAGGCCAACAAAUGAAACUAGAAAGUAGAGAUUUCCAACAUUUCAAAAUGAUUUCCUCUGUAAUCUAUUUUUCCAUGCACUUUAAAUAAUUGUAAAAUCAUAACCCAAGGAGAUUUAAAAAAAGAACAAAGAUCUACACAGCCAGCAUUCACAGUUCAUUUCAAAGCAGAAUGAAUCAUCUUGCCAGAAAGGACCAGAGUCGAGGUAUUCCAAAGAUGUGAUAUUAGCAUAAAGACGUCACAGAUGAACAUAAAACAUUAUGUUCUCUUCUGCACUUUCCAGAGAAUAGAAAUGCCUACUUUGGCAGCCCUUUUGAAAAGUAGCAAUUAUGGAAAAAAUAUAUUCAAUAGGGAUUAAGCGCCUAAAAGCUAUUAAUGAAUAUUAAGGCAGUGAUUCACAAAAACUGACUCCCCAUGGCAGUGAACUUCCGAACAGACCACUCUUCCCCAGUUGGGGUCCAGCUUGUCUGCUGUGCUUGCGUGCUAAUGGGACUCGAGCCACCUGGGGCUUGCUCAGGCAGGCACUUGGCUCACACAAAGCAUCUUGCUCUCCUCCCCAUAAGCACCCGCAGAGCUGCCUCACAGCCCACUGUGGACACACUCCCACCAUACACAUAAUGGCAUCUCAUACGGGAAGUGACAGAGCUGUCAUUAUACACUUGGGAGAAAAUUAAGGGCUGACUUAAUUAAACUUAGGUAAGAAGAUUCAUUUAAGUCAUGGUCACCCCACCAGGAAGACAUGGCACUAUCUUUAAACGAAACAAAGACAAUUAGAAUUUUAUGUUCCUGUUAUUGGUUUCUAUGGGAACAUCCUGUUUCCAAUUUUUUUUAAAAAAGUCUUAUAUUUUAUAUCAGUAUUAUACCAAGGCAGCAGUUUGAUGCCUUCUAUAAAAGUUUAGAUGGUAUGCCUAUUUAUAAUGAGUAGUUUUCUGAAUAGCAAAGGGUAUGUUUUCUGUUUUGCUAGGAAUUCAGUGGUUUAAUCCUAAAAAUCAAAAGGCUUGUUGGAAAAGAUUUUUAAGAAACUUUCCUUCUUCAUUAAAAAAAAAAAGUCAUUUUAGAGAAAACCUAAAAAAUUUCUCAUGAGUGACACUCACUGUAGCGCUUAGUUUCAAUGCACUUAAAAUAAUUGAGAGAAGGAAAACUUGAUUAAAACUUUGUUCAUAAGAAAUAUUUGUCUUGCCAAACAUUAAUUAGGAAUGUGCCCUUAUGUGCAGAUUUCAAAUGAGUCUUGCUGUGGGCUGCCACUGGUUGGCAAAUUCACUUUAAGAAUACUUUGUGGUAAUAAGAAAAAUGUACAUUUUAAGAUGAAAUAUUUUCAUCACAAUGUACCUACUUCAUUUGACCCACUUAUUGAUUUAAAAAAAAAAAAGCAUGCUAUGGCAUUUUACAUAUUUUUGAACACCUGAAAUUUAAGCCAAUUUCAACCUUAUUUAUAAUUAUGCUUUUGGAAACAAAAGCUUUAUCAUAUUAUUACCAAAAGUCAAGCCUUCCAAAUAUUCAUCUUGUUCAUUCAUGAACGUGGUCUGAGAACAUUUUCUGGGAAGAGAUAAGGGUGAUAAAUGAAACGUAAGAAACAUAUUUUGCUUACUAAAAUAUUUUAAACAGUUUUAACUUUGGUAUUAGGAUAUUAUUUUAAUAACUUGCCAGAUAAAUUAAAAAUAAAAACCAGGCUGAAUUAAGUGGGCAAUUUGUUCCAUAGCGAGCCUGGGAUAGUGUAUGAGACUGUUCAAAAUACUGGUGUUGCAAGAGCCCUAUCUAAACGCAGUACAAAUUCUGCUCUCUGAUUUUGCAAAAGUAUUUUACAUGAUCUAAAGGGCAAAACAAUGGAAAAAAUAACUUCUUGAAAUAGAUCAUGUUAUUUUAAGCCAUUAUUCUCUUCCCCUGGUCAUAUAUCCAUGUACUUUGAAAUAGCCUUUGUCUGUGAAGGACGAACAAAGCCGUAAAGCUGUUCUAAUCAAUCACAGGUGAUUAUCCUUAUCAAAGCUUCCUUCCCAAGAGACCCUCCCCAACUUUGUGGGUUGAAGGCGUCUAGAUGGCCCAAUGGGAAUUGCUCUGGGUUGUGAGUGGAGGCUGGGAGGUUUCCUUCAGGGUUUUAGUCUCAGUGGCAGACCCCCACCCAUCCCGGUACCCACAUGUCCAUGCUAUGUGUGCUGGCCCACUCCUUCUCCUCUCAUGUGCCUCAGACCUGAACUUCGGUCACCACUUCCUGUGGCCUGCUACCUUCCUCUCUGGCCUCACUGCACCUGUCUUAACACAGCCUUUGUCUUUCACCUAUACUCUUGUAGUAGACUUCCCCCAACGGAUGCCUCCACUUUCAAAUCCCAGUUGUCAUUUCUCUAAGAUGUAAACUUGCUUUUGAUAUUCUUAGGCUUCAAAAUCCUUCAGUAUGUCCACUACCUAUGAAGUCCAAAUGACUUCCCAUGGGGUGAAAGGGCCUGCAGAAACUGGCCCUGGUAGACCCCUCUCUGCUCGUCACAGAGGUGCAUUCCUAUCUCUGGGAAGUCUCCCCUCGGGUACGUUUAUCUGCCAAUUACUUAUCUUUAAAGACAGAAUUAGUUGAGGGAGAGGUGUUUGUGAAUUUCCCCAAGGAGACUUGGACUCGCUCCCGUGCCCCCACCUCACACGCUCUGUGUUCCCCCACUGCUCCUGCAAAUUCUCAUCACAUUCCUCCAUUCUCUUGCUGAAAUGUAAGCCCCUGGAGGGCAAGGCCAUGGUUUACUCACCUUUGUAUGCCCAGUGCCUAUACAGAGCCGAGCCCGUUGACACUGAAUUCUUUUUUCAAUGACAACUCAAUAAACAUCACUAGGCGUUAGAUGUUCAGCUCUGCAUACAGGGUUCUCAUUGACAAAAUAGUAAUGAGUAUAAAUCAUUUCUUAUUUCAAAAUAUUUGACUGUGACACCCAUGAUCUCGCCUCACAAUGAUUGACAGAAAGCCAACUGACAGGCUGGCCUGGAGAUUCUCUGAAGCUGUUCUUCCAGAGAUGGAGGUGGGGGACCCAGGAGGACAGAGUGGUCUGGGGGGAGCCCGGAAGGUCUGUAUCACAGGGUCAACUGAAAACCAUCAACCCCCAUCCCCUGAAAAAUAGCUUGCUUUGGCAUAAACUGAAAUUUCAGAAAUGAUAAAAUUUGAGAGAUUUAGCUGAGAGGAGACUCUUCACUGAAAUGUGACAUGACUUAACUCAGGCUGUAACCUCUGUUCCCUCAUGAUGUAAGAGCUUCUGGUGCCACUACAAAAUUUGCAUACCUGUUAUCGGUGCUUAGGAAUAUAGUCAAAGGAAUGGUGCACUAAAAUUAAUUUUAUCACAGAUUUCAUUUUGAGCCUCUUCUAGCUUAUAACAAAGCAAAUCAUUCCAUGUGUUCUAGGAAAUUACAUUAGGUGUGUGUUUCUAUCAGGUCACCAAACUAAUUUAACAAUUGCUACUUUUAUUUGAUAUGGCUGUAAGAAUAGCCGAAAAGUGUGGACUUUAGAUUUGGUCGAAUCCAGGUUUGAAUCUAGCUCUGUCACUUUCUGGUUGUUCCCCUGGGUUAGUUAUAUUAAUUCCCUAAGCCCUAUUUUCUUCAUUUAUAAAAUGGGACAUUGAAAAUUAAGUUUGAUUAUAUGCCUAGCAUAUAGCAGUAAUCAUAUACUUAUCUGGUCACGUCCUCCAUUUAAAACAAACCAUUUAAUAUGAAAAAAAUAUAUAUUUUUUAACAUAGAAUUAUAUUAUGGUUCUCGCAAGCAUAUAAAUUACUAAUUAGAAUUAUUUAUACCUGGCCAAUUCUUAAUGUCUGGGAAUGCUAUUUUAUUUCAAUUCUCAAAGUUACUAUAACACACACACACACACACACACACACACACACACACACAUACACACACACCACAAUUUCCUGCAGGGACAUUAUCAGGAAGUUCUGCAGGGAACAAAACAAUUGACAUUAAAAAUCAGUACUCUUCCAUUGUCACUGUUAUUAUCUGCCAGAGACUGCACAAUGCAUUUUAAACCACCAAGGCUGGCUGCCACAUCCAUGUGAAAUGCUUGAAUUUUAUGGUGCUUAAAUAUUUAAAGAUUCAUAGGAAAAAAAUGUGAAGCAGGUCUAAUACAUUGCAUCCCUUGCUCUAAGCUGUGGUUGUAUACUUAAGGACUUGCGACAUAUGACGUUUGCAAGAUGCCUGGUCUGCUGUCUGUUGUAUUAAAUUUAUAAUAUCAUUUAUUAUAUAUAUACCUAUAUAUCUAUAAAUCUGUGAUGAC